AUGCAAGAUACAUCAAAAUUUUGGGGAGAGAAUCAUGAUCAAGUAUUAUUCAAACUAUGUACCGAACUCGUUAGACAACAGCUUGGAGAAGAUUGUGCUAAAAUUGUUGAAAAACUCUCAGAACCUGUUCAAGAUGAGCAAAGUUUGAUGAAUCUUUGUAACAUGGAUCAAUUAAAAUUUAGGAAUGCUUUUGGAGCGUUAAGUAAUGCUGGCAUCGUUACAAUGGAUCCAACAAUUGCAAUUAUUCCUGUAACUAUUAUUUCAUAUUUAACGCUUCCACAUUUCAUGAACUUUGCGCAGAAGUUUUAUAUCAUACCUCAAGAUAGAGAUUUGAUUGAGAUAUUAACAACUAAAAUUAUUAAAGUCACAACUUUAACAGCUCCAAAAUUAGUCGAUACAUUGGCCACUGAGGAUCCAAAGUUCGACAGAAUUAGAGCUCUUAAAGUAACACAGCAUUUAAUUGCCAAAAAAGUAUUCAUUCUCACUGAUAAAGAAGAAGUUAAUUUCAAUAUCCAACUUUUCCUUGUUAGAUUACGAUUGGAAGCGCUUGAAAAACUCGUAGAAUACCAAGACCAUCGUGUUGUCGAAGUAAUCAGAGCAUUAUUCUCACCAGAUUUCAAAGAAGAUGCUUUAAUUGAUUGUGAGUCACUCAAAGUCGAUCACGAUGAAAUUAUUCAAGCUCUUACAGCACUUACAGGUAUGCAGCAGAACGAAAUUAUCGGAGUUUUAGGAAUUUUGUCUUCUCCAGAUAUAUGUUUAUUUAGUCGCGAUUUUACGAUCAUUCAGCCAAUGACUGCAAUACACAUAUUCAGAAUAAAGCGUAUUGCAGCACUUCUCGCUGAAAUUGGCCAUCCUCUCGCACGCCGUGUGAUUAAUAUGCUUUUAAAGAACGAACAGAUCGAAACAAUCAAGUUCUGUGAUAUGCUGAUGCUUCCUAAGCAAGAUGCACUAAAUCUACUCGCUACAAUGCAGCAUUUAGGCGUAAUUACGUGUGAAGAAUUAGAAGAUGCUCCGCAUACAACAUUAAAGAGGAAAUACAGAGUAUGGAAGAUCGACCUUGUCUCCGCAAUCAACAAUGCUGGUGCUUAUCUUCUUGCAGUCAUCGGAUCUUUGAUGUUCCAAGUAGAAGAGGAGAAAAGAGAGAACAGAUCAAUUCUCGACUCCAAACCAGAGCUGAGCCAAAAGAUAGAGACACAAACAUCAAGAGUAAUGAGCGAAAGACUCAAAAUCUUGAAUAAUACAAUUAUUGACGCAACUAAGAAAUACUUUGAAAUUCAUCAGUUGUAG